CAACAACACCGUUUUCCGGUGGCCAACCAAAGUGACACGCGGCUGAUUAUUUGACAGUCGAGGUUUCAAUCCUCUGCCACGAUGUGGUCCUUCUUCUCUAGAGACCCAGUCAAGGAUUUCAAUUACGAUGUUGGUGAACCUGUCAGUGUUUUAAAUGGGAAAUCACUUUGGACACUUCAUCCUGGCAAAAAGAAGGUCAAUGGUGAUGCUGUUUCCAUUUUUGCUUUUGAUGUGAAAAGUGCUGACAGUAGCCAGCUCCAAACAGCUCAGGCUGCCUUUAAAAGACUAAAAACUCUUCGACAUCCAAACAUACUCUCUUACCUGGAUGGCUUAGAGUCUGAUCGUAUAAUCUACAUUGUGACAGAAUCAGUUGUCCCCCUUUGUUCCUAUCUCACUGAUGACAAUAAAGAAGGCAGCUGUAAUGAACUUGCCAUCUCCUGGGGACUUCACCAAAUUACGAAAGGUGUUGCUUUCUUAAACAACGACUGCAGUUUCAUCCACAACAACAUUAAUUUAUGGUCAGUCUUUGUUGACCUGGCUGGAGAAUGGAAGAUAGGUGGAGUAGAUUAUUUAUAUUCAGCUAGCGGUCAACCAACAGUGAAAGUUUUACCAACGUUGAAGAUGUACGACCCACCAGAAACAACUGGAGGCCACGUCUGGUCUACUGAUAUGUGGGGUUUAGGUUGUUUGAUAUGGGAGGUGUUCAAUGGGCCCUUGCCUCGGUCCUCGGCCCUAAAGUCCCUUGGAAAGAUUCCAAAGAAUUUAGUACGGGAUUAUUGUCAGUUGGUCAGUGCCAAUCCCAAAAGUCGACCAAAUCCUUCAGCUUUCCUCCAAAACUGCCAAGAGAAUGGCAAUUUUAUGGACAAUAGUUUUGUGAAGACAAUUAUGUUCCUUGAAGAAAUUCAAAUCCAAGACCAAGCAGCAAAAAAUAAAUUCUUCAGCAACCUGACUCCUGCCAUAGAUUCCUUUCCUCAACAGUUCUGUAAACACAAGAUUCUACCACAAUUAUUAGAUGCUUUCCAAUAUGGUAAUGCUGGUUCUGCAGUAUUGGCACCACUUUUCAAGGUGGGCAAACUUCUCCAGUCUGAAGAAUACCAGAAAAAAAUUGUUCCCUGUGUUAUAAAGUUGUUUUCUUCCCCAGAUCGUGCUACUCGUGUCAAACUUCUUCAACAGAUUGAAUUUUUUGUUGAACAUCUUCAAACUCCGACAGUUAAUGACCAAAUAUUCCCACAUGUUAUCCAAGGAUUCAUGGAUACAAAUCCAGUUGUGCGAGAAAGUACCAUUAAGGCAAUGCUCCAUCUUGCUCCCAAGUUAAAUUACAAGAACCUUAAUGAAGAACUAAUGAAACAUUUUGCCCGUCUUCAGUCGAAAGAUGACCAAGGUGGAAUCAGAACUAAUACUACUGUGUGCCUUGGUAAAAUUGCUGGUUACCUUAAUCCCCAGAUCCGACAAAAGAUUAUCUGCUCUGCCUUUCUACGUGCUCUCAAAGAUCCUUUCCCUCCAGCUCGACAAGCUGGAAUCUUGGCAAUGGCAGCCACUCAGAAUUAUUACAGUCUGUCUGAGAUAGCAAUGAGAUUGAUACCUGCUCUCUCAGUCUUGACUUUGGAUUCCAAUAAAUCGGUCCGGGAUCAAAGUUUCAAAGCAAUUAAUGGUUUUCUUAGCAAAUUAGAAAAAGUAUCGGAAAAUCCAGAAUUACGUGAAGAAAUGGAGAAAGACGUCACUGCCGGUGGCUCCAAGGCCGGUGACAUCUCCAGCUGGGCCGGAUGGGCUGUUAUUGGGAUGUCAUCCCUCACAUCGAAACUUUACCGUGGUGCCACUACUACUUCUACUACUACUACUCCUACUGUGAACACUAGUCCAACCUCAACUCCAGCCAAUGGACGACCGCCCGUGAGAGCAGAAGAGUCUCAGGAGCGAGAAUCAGUUCCUUCCAAACCAGACAUACCAAAGAGCAAUGAAGGUUGGGAGUCUGAGAACUGGAACGAAAUGGAAUUAAAUCUUGAUGAGAAACCCAAGAACUUGUCCAAUGUACAAGAUGUCACAUCAGAAGAGAACAAAGAGUUUGAAGGCUGGGAAGAUGAUGAAAACUGGGGAAGUCUUGAAGAGACUCCGGAGGCCAGCUGUUUGGAAACCCCCAGCAACACUGAGGGCUGGGGUGACUGGGGAGAUGAUGAGUUUUCUACCACUUUAGACACCCCGGGGCUGCAACCAGCCAGUUCUUAUGCCUGGGAAGAGAACCAAAGCGAAGCAGAUUUUUUCACAUCUCUGACAAAUGUCAGGAAAAAGACUACCAAACCAAAUGUUGGUGGUGCUAAGUCACCAGAGGCACCGAGUGAAGAGAUCAGAAGUAAACCAUCUAAACCUGAGGGUUGGCAAGAAGAUGGUUGGGGCAACACUGAAGACUGGGAUGUCACAGGUUCAAAUAAAGGUUCAGUCAACGAGAAUGAAAGGAAGAGGAGAGAGCGAGAGGAGCGAAAACUUCAAAGACAGAAAGAACUCCAAGAGAAACGAGAAUUACGUAAGACAGCUGGUGCCUUGAAACUAGGUGUGAAGAAACUGAAUUUAGAUUGAAGAUUAUGGUCAAGGAAGAAUACAGGAAUGGAUCAACAGAUUGAUGAAACACUUGGUCUGAAUAUCUUUGUAUUUGGAUGGAAAUAUACACACACACACAUAGAUACGCAUACAUGAAUGUGUGUGUGUGUGCGUAAUGCUUAUACAUACACAAUUUAUAUAAAACAUGAUAACAUGAUGGACCAUUUGAUGUACCUGGGUGUCAAUAUCUUUGCCUCUUUAUGGAAUUAUGCGUGUGUGUGUGUGUGUGUGUGUGUGUGCACGUGUGUGUGAGAGAAAGUGAAGGCAGUUCCAGGCUGACCCACAAAUUCCAUUGUAAAUUGUCUUUGGUGAACAACAAAUUAUUGGGAAGGAAGUCAAUCAGAAGGAAAUAUUUUCCUUUUUAAGGACUUCUUUGAUUAUUUAUAAAAUUAUAAAUGCAAUUUAUUCUGCAAAAGAAAGAAUUCGUCAUCAUCAUCAUCAUCAUUUUACAUUUUCUUUUCCAUGAUGGCAUAGUUGGACACAUCAUUACAGUCAGAAUGAGUUCUUAUUUGGGGUUACUCCCCUCCUACACAAGUUGGAGGCUCUCUCUCUUGUUUAUAAUAACCUUCCUAUUGCCAAAUCACUUUACAAAGUUGAUGGUUGGUGUUAGGAAGGGCAUCCAGCUGUAGAAACCUUGCCAAAUCAGGUUGGAACCUGGUGCAGCUCCCUGGCUUACCAGUUUUCAAUCAAACUGUUCAACCCAUGCCAGCAUGGAAAGCGGAUGUUAAAUGAUGAUGUCUGUAUAUCACCAUCAUCAUCAUUUUUAUAGCCCCUUUCUAUGCUGGCAUUGGAUGGACAGAUCAUCAGUUGUCAUUUCAACUCCCUGCCCUCCUACAUAGGUUCGGAACCACAUUUUGCUCAUACUUUCCAUUUCCAACAUGAUUCCUGUGACUGGGUACGUUUCCUAACACCUGUGCACAAAAGUGACUCUGCAGGGUUCUUCAUUUCAUUGUGACACCAGCACCAGAGAGGUUGUCUUGUUUCCAGCAAGAGCAAAGAGUUAGCUCUACACAGUGCUCUCUCUCUCUCUCAUUCAUACAUGCUCUACACACACACAUACAUACGUACUCGAGUGUGUUUUCAAACAAAACAAACUCGCACUCAACAUAUUUGAUUGGUGUUACAUUCAUCAAACAACAGCUUCACUCAGCACCACAUUACUUAAAGUUUCGUGGCCGUAGAUCACAGCCACAGCAUCAGAUGUUUGUAAACAGAGAGAGAGAAGAAUGAAAAAGUUUUAAAUGGUUUCUGUGAAGUGAGAGCAUUUUAGAUUUCUAUUGGUCAAUUCAGGUCAUGUGGUUGUUUUUGCUAUGUUAGUGACAUCAGAUAUUUUCUUGAUAGGUUCACAUGGUGGAGCAGACAGGCUGCUGGCAUCAUUUGGUUGGUAUUCUACAGGGUUUGAUAUUUUAAGAGCAUCAGUUCUUUACAUUGGGUACAAAAAGUGGUUGACAUCAGUUUGUCAUUAUUCUGUAAGGUGCAGUAUUUCUGAAAACAUACACACAUAUCUGUGUGUUUGUAUGUUCAUCAUCUUUUAAUGUCCACCUUCCAUGCUGGCAUGGGUUGGAUGGUUUUACAAGAUUAGACUGCAUUAGGCUCCAGUUUCUGCUGUGAAAGUCAAAAUAGUAACGCUGCUGUUUUAGCUUCUAAUAAAUAUUAUACAAACUCUACUUAUUUUUAUUGAGUAAUUAUUUAUUGAAUUUCUAUACCCAAUAUGCCCUGAUUCUAUGCACACACACACACGCACUCGCACACACACACACACACGUAUGUGUGUGUGCUUCAUUCCUUCGCUUUUUGGAAUUUCUGAAUUUCUCACUUUUGUCUGUUGAGAUGAGGAAAAGGGUUACACAUCCCCACCUGUUGAUUAUCUUUUGUCUUUUUUGUUUGUUUAAAUACACAAAAGUGGAAGACCUGGAAUAGCAAUCAGAAUAAUGAAAUCGUUAGCUUUCAGUGUGUGUGUGUAACAACUGGUGUCAGGUGAGAUUCUGACAUGUUUAUACAAUGUGUCUGGAGAAAAGAAUGCUUUCAAGUAGAAAUGCAGAGUGUUUGGAGUGGACAACCUCUCUUUUUUGUUGGUGGUGGAUGAGUGUAGGACGUAGAUGGCAUUGUAGAUAUGGGGUUGGGGCAGGGUUUCUGUGUGCAUGCACAAGAUGCUGUGAACUGCAAAGAGUAAGGAGAAAACGAUGAGUUCUGUCUGACAUGAAAUAACUUCUAAAACGAUGAUGAUGAAGAUUCCCAGUGGACUUUGACUUUGUUUCGUGCUGGUGGAAGCAAUCAUCAGAUGGCUAUUAACCCGCUGAUGAUUGCUCUGUCCAGCAUAAAACUCCAUCAUAAACCAGUAAUUGUCUUUUGGACCAAAGCAUUAAGUUCAUUUCAUGAUCAUGGAGUACCAGGUUCAAUCUUAGCAUCUUUGUCUUUUACCAUUGUCUCAGGUCUUGUGAGUGAAGCUGAAUAGAUGGAAACUGUAUGGAAACCCAUUGGAUGGAUUGACACAGGAAUUAAUAAGUUCACUCUUGUCAUGUAGUGACACACUCGUUUUUUUUUUUUUGAGGGUUGACGUGACUGUGGAAUACUCAACCACUUCCAUGUUAAUUCAGUGUCCAGAAUUGAUGAAAGAACUGGACAUCCCUUGUUGAAAUGAACAGAAAUCUAUUUUACAUUUUUUUUUUCAGGUCAAUAAAUAUACUCUACAUCUUGUGUUGAGUACUCUCUUUGUUGAUAAAACUACUUUAAUUUGUUAUUAUUGUUGUAUAGCCCUAGGUCAGUCCUCAUCCACCUGACCUAUGAUACACUGAGCAAGUGUUAUGUAUGUAUGUAUGUGUGUGUGUGUGUGUAGGCACAGGUGUAGCUGUGUUGUGAAGAAAUUUGUUUUCCAACCAUGUGAUCUUGUGUUCAGUCCCACUGUACAGCACCUUGCACAAACACCUUAGGCCAACUAAAGCCUCGUGAGUGGAUUUGAUUGAUGGAAACUGAAAGAAGCUUAGUGUGUGUGUGUGUGUGUGUGCGCCCUUUCCAUGACAUCACAUGAUGGUUGAAAUGAAAGAAGUGUCAUUGUCAUACAAUGUUGUUUGUUUCUAGUCUUGCAUGGAAAAUAUUCUACCUGGAAGGUGACAGGAAGAGCAUCCAGACAGAGAAGAUCUUCCCCAAUCGUGUCUGAGCAUGCAAGUAUGAGAAGAGUCUAGUCAUUAAAUGAUGUGUAUGUAUUUAUAUUGACAGACAGGCAGAGAUGUGUGUGUAUACAUGCUUAUGUAGGACCACAAAUGUUCACAUUCUACAACUUCACACAAAAAUGAGCUAAAAAAAAGGAUUACAUUUUAUUAACUUUCCCUACUAGAAACCAUCCCCCGACACUUUCACAGACAAAUGGAAUCAGAAAAUCCUUUUGGGAACGAAAUGGGUUGGAAGCAAGGAGGACAUCUGACUUUAAGACAAGCCUCAACGAUAUGUAUUUAAUCAAUUUGUGCUAGCAUGGGAAAGUGGACAUAAAACAAACAUUUGAAUACAUGUGUGUCUGUUUGAGUAACUGUGUGUGUCUGUGGGUGCAUGUUGUUAGGUAAUUACAUAUGUAUAACUUAGGUGUAUGUAUAUAUAUAUAUAUAUAUAUAUAUUAGGGUGAUUAUAUAUCAAACUGAAGUGUUUGUGUGCCAGUGCCACAAUGAAAUGUGCAAAAAAAUAAAGUGAUUGUUAUGAGGAAAGGUCUCCAGCUGUAGAAACGAUCUGAGUAAGACAUGGGUUGUCUAGGAGAGCAUUAACUCCAAAUAAGAACUGGUUUAGACUAUGAUGACUUGUUCCAUCUUUGCCAAAUUGGAAUGCAGAUGUAAAAUGAUAUAUUUCUCUUGUCCAGCAAUUAUAUAUAAAACAACAGUGAGUGUGUGUAUUAAGAAACAAAGAAGAAAAUUCUUUGAGAACUUACCAUAAAUAAAAGAAAGAAUGUCUUUACAUUUUUAUCAAAAUCUGCAACAGGAUUCCGUUGCUUGAAAUGGUGAUUUAAUCAUGUUGAAAUAAAGAGAAAAUCAAAUUAUAUUAAUUUUUUUUUUUUUUUUUGUUAUCAGUUUUAGAAGGUCAUGUUUUUCUGACAAAAGUCACAUGGUGCCAGUUCUCUUGUAAGAAAAACAUGUCAACAUCCAGAACUGAUAUCAAAAAGGAUUAGUUUUAUUCUGUUGUGUCUGGGGAGAGUUUUAUAUUUCUCAUUUUAUUUCAGCAUAAUUGCAUCAUCUUUUUUAAUAAUUAAAACUGGUAACAAAUCUUGACAAAGUAUAAUUACUUUCUUUUAUUGAUGACAAAGUUCUAAUAGCAUUUUCUUUCUAUUUUGUAAUAUAUAUAUUCACUCAUGUGAAACCUUUUUAACUUUUUCAAUAUAUGUAUGGAGUGGGGGGGGAUACUAUUAAACAAGCAUAUAUGUUUAUAAAUAAAAUAUAAAGAGACGAUGUCUACAUAUGUCUAUGUUGAAGGAAUUUUUUUUAAAAAAGGGACUUUUUCAAAGGAUCUAUUUGUUUUUGUUUUUUUUCCAUUGAAUGUUUAAAACAUAGCCAGGUUUUCCCUCUCCUGACAUGGAACAGAAUAUAUUUUACCAUUGAACACAGUUUUCUGUUUUCAUCCAUGAUGAGGCAUAAUCCGGUCACUCAACACAGGGAAACAUGGGCAAUAAUUAUCACAAAUCAUGCAAAAUGUGGAUCAAUAUCUGAUGGAUUGCAAUAAAACAGUAUUUAUUUCCUUUUAAAUCAUUGACAAUAUUCAACAAUGACUUUGAUGAUAUUCUGUAUUAUAUUUUGUAAAUAAAUUUCUUUUUUCAGUUCAAA